UUCUGGCUAGAAGUGUGUUGCGUGGUAUUCUUCACCCCUCGUUGCAAAAUCCACGGAGCUUCCUGGAAUCAUUGUGCUUAAUGUAGAAGAGAAGACCUAGGGCUUUCAGCAAAAUGCUUUGAGUGUUUUGUGCUUGAAUGAGUGCAGAAUAUUGACAUGUAUAUCAGUGUUCCUGGAUUGACCAAAAAUAUAUGUAGAAGGCAGGGUAGAUUUGCCCCUAAUAGACCAAUCAAAGUAGACAUGUAUGUAUACCACAAGCUUUCAUGGGCUGAAGCUCACUGUCUCUCCCCCAAAUUUUGUGCACAAUACAUUUAUACAUGCAAAUUGUGGUUAAUGGUGGUUAGUUACUGAAUAAAUUAACUGAACCGAACUUUGUGUCCCUUUUCAUUUUGUCCUGCUUAGCCUUCACCAGGAGGCUGUCAUCUUGGUAUCUGGGAUCGUCCUGUUAUAGGCACUUAGUGGCUGUACUGCGUUACAGUACCUACUUGACCAUCCCGGUACUCACAGGUGCUGAAAACUUGCUGGAAACAUGGGGUCUGAAAACCCAAGUCCACAGAACCCAGGCUGUAAGAUCAUGACUUUUCGUCCCACCCUAGAGCAAUUUCGGGACUUUGCGAAAUACGUUGCCUAUAUUGAAUCGCAAGGAGCUCACAGGGCAGGACUUGCCAAGGUGAUUCCUCCCAAGGAGUGGAAACCCCGAAGGAGCUAUGAUGACAUAGAUGACAUGGUUAUCCCAGCACCUAUUCAGCAGGUUGUGACUGGCCAGUCAGGGCUAUUCACCCAGUAUAACAUACAGAAGAAGCCCACAACUGUAGGAGAAUACCGGCGUCUAGCCAACAGCGAGAAGUAUUGUACUCCUCGCCAUCAAGAUUUCGAAGACCUGGAACGCAAAUACUGGAAGAAUCUAACGUUUGUCUCACCAAUUUAUGGGGCAGAUAUCAGUGGCUCGCUGUACGACGCAGAUGUGGAAGAGUGGAACAUUGGUAACCUGAACACCCUGUUGGACAUGGUGGAGCAUGAGUGUGGGAUUAUCAUUGAAGGCGUAAAUACCCCCUACCUCUAUUUUGGGAUGUGGAAGACAACCUUUGCGUGGCACACUGAGGACAUGGAUCUCUAUAGCAUCAACUACCUGCAUUUUGGGGAGCCCAAAUCCUGGUAUGCCAUACCCCCGGAGCAUGGCAAGCGGCUGGAACGCCUGGCAAAAGGAUUUUUCCCAGGAAGCUCUCAGGGAUGCGAUGCCUUUCUCCGUCACAAGAUGACCCUCAUUUCACCCUCCAUCUUGAAGAAAUAUGGCAUCCCGUUUGACCGGAUCACUCAAGAAGCCGGAGAAUUUAUGAUCACAUUUCCUUAUGGCUACCACGCUGGAUUCAAUCAUGGCUUCAACUGUGCAGAAUCCACCAAUUUUGCCACACUGAGGUGGAUCGACUAUGGGAAAAUGGCUACUCAGUGCACUUGCCGCAAAGACAUGGUGAAGAUUUCCAUGGACGUCUUUGUGAGGGUUCUGCAACCAGAACGUUACGACUUGUGGAAACAAGGGAAAGAUAUCGCUGUCUUGGAUCACAUGAAACCCACGGCUCUGACCAGUCCAGAGCUAGACGCCUGGAAUGAGACAAAGUCUGAGCUGAAAUCUAAACUGCUCCGUAGGAUAGGAGAGGAAGAAGAGGACAGCAAGCACAAUUACCGGUCUCACAGGAAAAGAAGCCAACCCAGAAGGCAUAAAACAGAAGAUCAGAAGUCCCUCGGAGAAGUCAUGGCUAUCGAGACUGCCUUGGAUGAGGUGAAAGUAAAAGAGGAGCUGAAAAGAGGGCCAGACGUAGAUGAAGAGGAAAAAAGUAAAGCGACGGAAGGGGGAGAAGGAGACUGCAAGGUAAAGACCCGUCCCCCGAAAGUAAAAGGGGAGAGGAAGAAGAAGAAUCACCUCCAUCAGCACCACCAUCCUCAUCAUCACCACCACCACCACCACCACCACCUGCAGCCACCCCCGCCUCCACUGCAGCAACAGCAGCCUCCACCACCACCUCCACCUCCCCCUCCUCCACCACCACAGCAGCCUGCAGAGGAAGAGACACCACCAGCACGGCCGCUGGUCCCCGUAGCAGCAGCAGCAGCAGCCACAGCCGAGAAGAGCUUGCCCCCCGUGCCCCUCAACGUCAUCCAGCCCUCGGAAGUGCCAAACGAGGUAGAUGACUUUAAGCCCCGGCCCAUCAUUCCCAUGCUUUAUGUGGUUCCGCGGACCAAAAAGGUGGUGUUUGACAAAGAGCGCAUGUCCUGCCAGCAGGCCUUUGAGCAGUUCGCCACGCAGAAGGGCCUGGGUUGGCGGGAGCAGACUGUUCCCGGAGAGCUUCCCGUGAAGGAAGAGGAGAGUGCAGAAGCUGAAAAUGCUGAGGUUGCCACAGAGGCCAGUGAUUUACAGAACCCCGGUGCCGUCUAUAAACAGACUGCUGCUGCUUUCUCAAAGAUGAAGAUGGAGAUAAAGAAAAGUCGCCGCCAUCCACUAGGCAAACCACCAACCCGUUCCCCUCUCUCUGUGGUUAAGCAGGAGGCAUCAAGUGAUGAGGAAACAUUUCCAUUUUCUGGGGAGGAAGAUGUGAGUGACCCAGAGGCUUUGAAGUCUUUACUUUCCCUCCAAUGGAAGAAUAAAGUACAUAAUUUCCCAGCUGAGAGAAAAUUCAAUGCAGCUGCUGCCCUGAGUGAGCCAUAUUGUGCAGUCUGUACACUCUUCUAUCCAUAUAACCAGUCUUUGCAGGUGGAUAAAGAGGCUGUCCAGGUCUCUGUAGGAGAGAGCCCCUCCCUGCUCCAGCUUUCCAAGUGUGGACAGAAGACCAAGCCUCUGAUUCCUGAGAUGUGCUUUACUUCAAGUGGUGAAAACACAGAACCCCUUCCUUCAAACUCUUACAUUGGUGAAGAUGGAACCAGCCUCUUAAUAUCCUGUGCCAAGUGCUGCCUGCAGGUCCAUGCUAGCUGUUAUGGAAUACGUCCAGAUCUGGUGAAUGAAAGUUGGUCUUGUUCACGGUGCUCAGCCAAUGCAUGGGCAGCGGAUUGCUGUCUAUGUAAUCUCAGGGGUGGAGCUCUUCAGAUGACCACUGAUGGACGGUGGGUCCAUAUAAUCUGUGCUAUCGCUGUCCCAGAGGCCCGUUUUCUCAAUGUAAUAGAACGUCAUCCUGUGGACAUCAGUGCUAUUCCAGAGCAGAGGUGGAAACUGAAAUGCAUAUACUGUCGGAAGCGGAUGAAGAAGGUGUUGGGUGCUUGCAUUCAGUGCUCCUAUGAGCACUGUUCCACUUCCUUUCACGUGACCUGCGCCCAUGCUGCAGGGGUACCCAUGGAGCCGGAUGAUUGGCCCUAUGUUGUGUCCAUCACUUGCUUCAAACACAAAGCAGCCAACCAUAACAUCCAGUUUCGGAGGGAGAUAUCGUUGGGUCAGACAGUGAUCACAAAGAACCGGAACGGACUUUACUACAGGUGUAAAGUGAUUGGCAUGACAACACAGACCUUCUACGAGGUCAACUUUGAUGAUGGCUCCUACAGUGACAAUGUGUAUCCAGAAAGCAUUACAAGCAGAGACUGCAUCCAGAUGGGACCCCCUCCAGAGGGUGAGGUGGUUCAGCUACAGUGGACUGAUGGAAUUGUCUGUAAGGCCAAGUUCAUCGCAGCCCAGAUCAGUCAGAUAUAUCAGGUGGAGUUUGAAGAUGGUUCCCAGCUGAUGGUAAAGCGUGGUGAUAUUUACACCUUGGAGGAAGAGCUUCCCAAGAGAGUGAAAUCCCGCUUGUCUCUCAGCACUGGGGCUCCACAGGAAGAGAUGUUUUCAGGAGAUGAAGUGAAGGCAGCCAAGCGCCCCCGGGUCGGCAAUUCCAGGAAUCCCGAGGACUAUGGACAGAAUCCGGAUUACCUGGCCUUCAUGGAGACCCUGUUGCAGACGCAGUACCAGCCAGGAACUCAGAGCAACAUGUUUUAAUUAAAAGAAAAGAAAAAGGAAAAGAAAAAACCCUUUUCAACCUUACGGAAAAAUAAUCAGGAAACUGUGGAACAAAAGGCCAGCCCUGUGCAAUAGCCUGCUGUGAAUUCCUCUCACCUGCUCUCGGUUGGGACUACAAGAUGAUCGUGUCUGGCUACAGGCUACCUCUACUCUGCUAGACACGUUGCUGACCA